UUUAAAAGUUAGGUUAGAUCAUUGCAUGUUUUUUUUCUGCGUAGUGAGUGUAGUGUGUAUUUAAUGCAUAUUUUCAUUUUUCAAUAAAAAAAUAAUGGAUAACAACCCGUUGUGGAAUCGAAAAGAUUUGUUUCAACCCCCAGUCAGUAGCUACAAAGCAUCUACAGAAGAUCUAGAUCUAACUAAAUUCAGAUUGGCUCUUCAAGAUGGUAUCAGACACUUCAAAGACAAAUUUCUUGCGACCGAAGCGACAUUACUCGCCCGAAUAAUAUACAGAAUGAAAAUGAAGUUCAGGAGCGCAAAGGAUUUUAAGUUAAUCGAAACUUUAAGUCGAUCCUUGAAUAUCUAUUUCAAUACCGAUCUAUCUAGGCAUUUGAAAGGGAUGUUGGAUAUGACACCGAAAAGAUAUGGAUGGGAAACGGAAACCUAUUUGCCAGCAAGAAAUAUGCUAAGCUUUAUUUUGGUUAGGUUACAAGGAAUUGUGAAGCUUCUGGAAAAAAUAUAUGAAACAGCUGAAGAAAUAGCCAUUCAACUCACCCACAGACUGUAUAGAGGUCACUUCUGGACAUUGUUUCUUAUAUUGUAUGGCCUUGUUUCAAGAAUUUCCGUAUUAAUUAAGUUCAACACGAAAUUUUUCUGCGAAUUAUAUGGAAAACUUCAUUCGCAUUUGAACAAGUUGGAAAAUACUGGAAAAAACUGGUUGCCAAACGGCUACGAUUUUCCUGUUGAUCUACGAUCAUGGCUGGGAGUAAAUUGGGUCUAUGAAGACAUCUAUGUUGAUUUGACAUUUACUGAAACAAACAAAGUUAUGACUCUCUUGAAUUUGGUUGAUGAUGAUGAAGACGAUGAUGUCCUAUUUUGUGACGAAUAUAUUGUAGUUGAUGAUGAAGAUGAGAAUACUAAAAAAAAAUCAAACAGGCUAUCCUUUGUUAAAGAAGUUCUGGCCAGAAAUAGAAUGAGAGGAUUUAACAUUGACGAAAAUGAUAUUGGAGAAGAGAUCAUCGAGAUAAAUGAUACAAUUAUUACUGGGAAUAAUGUGAAACAACCUCAAGAAGUGAUGUGUUUGGGAAAUAUCAGUGAAAAUGAAAUUGAUUCUGGACAAGAUAUUGAUAUUGAAAAUCCAGACAUUAUUUUUUUGGAUACUCCAUUGCCUAAUAAAGUUCAGAAAAGCAAAACAAAGUCAAAAAUCAACAAAUCAGCAAAUAAAAUAAAACAGUCACCAAAUAAAAAGAGUAAAAAAGAAAAAAGUAAAGUUUCAAAAAUAAAUGCAAAACAACCUGAAGAAGAUUUUGGAGAAGAAAUAAUAUGCUUGAGUGAGAAUAAUAAAAAGGAAAUUGAUAUUGAAAAUCCAGAUAUUAUUAUUUUGGAUACUCCAUUACCGAAUGUUAAAAAGUCCAAGAGAAAGUCUGAAAAAAUCAACCAAUCAGCAACUAAAAGAAAACGUUUAAAUGAAAAUGGAGGAUCACCUAAAAAACAAAGUGAAAAGGGAAAAAGUAGUCAAGUUUCGAAAAAAGGAAAAAAGAAAAUGGAAAAAGAAAAUAAAGAUUCCAGCAUAAUUUUAUCAGAUUCGGGAUCAUCAAUUAUAGAUAUAGCAACACCAAAGACAAGAUUAAAUGUGAACAAAAACAAAAAACGUGCGAAAUAUGAAUGCUUUUUGUCAAAACUUAAAUCAAAAAGAAAGAAGAAGAAAAAAAUAAAUGAAAAAAACUGUUAAAACUUUGUACAAAAAUAAAGUUUGUUGUUAUAUUUAAUUUUCUUUUGUUACCUGUUUAAAUAUUCUAAAUCAAUUUUCUUUUGGGUUGAGAUGUUUUCAUUAGCAUUGGAAAGCACAAUUAUUGAAGCUAAAUUCAUUGAAUUAUAAUCAAUUGAGUCAAUAGUUGGCUAAUAAUAUUGUUAUUUUUAAUAUUUGAAAACAACAGGCGGUUGAAUCAAGUUUACAAUAUAAUUAUAUUAUAUGUAUUGUAAACAAUUGUAAACCCAAUAAAGACUUAAGUUUUCAUUUGUAAUAGGUAUUUAGUUUUGAAAAUAAAUAGUUUUUUAAAACAAAGUUACCCAAGUGGAAACUGAAUUGGCGCAGCCAGUAGGAUCCUCAGAGUGCAAGGCUAUUUGGAGACUCAAAAAACGGAGUUAGUGUUUUUUCGAAAAAAAAGUAGUUCGCGAAUUUUUUCGAAAAAGUUUUCGUUCGUGGAUUACAUUUUGAAAAAGAACUCUUAGAACAUCCAGCCCAUCCAUAUGAAUAUCGAUUUUUCCGACAUGUGUCUUUUGAAUAAUGAACAAUAAAUUCCGAAACUCACGUUAUCUUACCAACGAUUGUUAAAGUCAAAACUGGCACGAUUCCAUUAGAAGUACAUAACCGUACAAGCGAAUCUCUUACCUAGAAAACAUUUCGACCAACUGGAAGACAAUUGUGAUAUUUACGAAGAUAAUUUUAAAAUCUUUAACCUGGAACAAAUGCUACCUACCUCAAUAUUCCAAUCAUUAUGUAAAUAAUCCCUUAAAUCUUCUACGAACUGAUCAUUUAGAGAAGAACUCAAUGCUUUACAGCAAUUAGUUAUAUCCUUUCUCACGAUAUUUCAUAAACCAGAUGAAAAACUGUCAUUUACCAAUCAGGUGAAACAUAAAAUAAAGACAACAGACGAGAUCCCUCUGUUCACGUAAAAACUUAUCGUUAUCCCCACGUUCAUAAACAGGAGGUCAAUGAACAAAUUAAAAAAAUCAUAAACGAAAAUAUUAUCAAACUCUUGGUCAUCCCCUGUGUGGAUAGUCCCCAA